AUGGUGACAUCGAUGCGGAUUGAUCCGCGGCAGCUACGCUUUCCCAAUCCAGGGACAGAGGUGGACGCGAUGCCACCUGACUAUGAUGCAGUCACAGCAAGCCCCGACAACAGGAAGUUUGGCAUGCUGAGACCAGCACCGAGCUCGAAGCCGACUGCAAAGAAUUUUUCAGAAACGCCCGUCUUAGUCGAUUUUGGCUUCAAUUAUGAUCAUACUGCAACGUGGGAAAAUGAGAUCCCAUCGUUGAAGCGCUACGAAAGUCUAAUACUGGCUCUACAAGCCCCAGAAAAGGAUACAGACAACGAAUACACUGGAUGUUUACGGAUUCUCGGUUGGUUCAUUGAUGAAUCUCGAUCUGGUUUUGGCUUCAUUUAUGAAAUCCCUCGACCAAGCCCCUAUUCCAGCUUCCGUCCUCAUGCUGCGAAGACCUGGACUCUGCUGUCUUUCCUCCAACACAGUGGAAGUACCGACAGCGAGAACACUCCAAGCUUAGAGGAUCGUUAUCGACUUGCUCUUAAUCUUGUAACGAAUCUCCUUCAUACACAUGCGAAAGGCAUCACCCAUAGACAAAUCAACAGCAACAAUGUUAUAUUCAUCCAGAACUCUGAAACCAGUGCAGACAGUAAGCCCUGGAAGGAAGGUGUCAUCCGCAAACCAUAUUUAGUAUCUUGGGAUCAGUGUGACGAAGACGCCGCAACUCCCGCCGAUGAUAUGCACGUUCCAAGAUUGUAUCGACAUCCAGCUUCCGUGCUUGGAAAGAGAUCAUCCUUCAAGCCAGCAUUCGAUGUAUAUAGUCUUGGACUCGUCCUUCUUGAGAUUGGUUUAUGGCUGCCUCUUCACAAGCUUUUCAAAUCCAAGUACACGAUGCCAAAGUUUAGGACCAAGCUGCAAUCCACUUAUGCCCACAAGUUGGCUGGAAAAUGUGGCACAAUGUAUAUGAAGAUUGUCGAAUAUUGUUUACAUGCUGCAGACAUGGAGCCUUCGACAACACCUCAGCGGCUCUCACAAAAUUCUGAGCGAGCUAAGCGGCAAGAAGAUUUUUACUGGAAGGCGCUGAAACCUUUGGAGACGUGCUGUAGGAUUGAUGAGUCUUCGGAUCCAAUUGUACACCCGUAUCCUUCUAUGGUCGGCAAAAAUGGCCCUGUGGAGACGUCUGUCGAACAAGCAAGUUCUACAUCUACGGCGGCUCCAGUCAAACAGCCCGAAGAGCGCCUUGAGGCUGAUUCGCCUCUUGAUUCUGGUCUAACAUACGACGUCUUAGUCUGGUCGUACGAGAUGCCAUCCCAUGUUAGUACGUACUACAGAAAUGUGAUGCUUCCUAAGUUGAACAAAAUGCUUGCUCGAGCUAUUGAUCGAUGGGAGGGCUAUACCAUAAUGACUUUCAUGGCUGGUGAUAGCCCGCAAACCGCGAAGCCUACUAUCUACAUCUCCUGUCUAAGCGUUACUAGGGCGUGGAAGAUCCUUGAAUACGUCAACAAAGAGCGGAAAUAUUUUGACAUCAAGGUUUCCGUUGGACAGACAUGCUAUUCCAAAGCCAGCAAAAAGAAGGCACGCCGACCGAAGAGACUCAACCUUACAAGGGCCUUGCAAGAGAAUGACCUGACUGAACCUUUCAACCCCGGCAAGUACCACCGGAAACCCUCGUGUGGAGCCUCCAUCAGCGCUUUUGUUGAUGAGCAACAUCUUGAGCGAGCUACAUUUGGAGGAAUUAUUCUAGCUGACGGAGAGCCAUUUGGUAUGAGUGUACAUCACAUGCUGGAGGACACAGACGUCGAUCAAGGCCUAAAUUACGAGACCCAGUCAACCUCCUCCAGUGUAUCGAAUAUGAAAUGGGAGCGCACUGUCUACCCCCAAGACGAUGACUUCGACCCAAGCAUCUUAGAUCAAGACUUUGGUGACGAAGACGAUGAGCUCUUCACGAUGGGAGAUACUCUAGGUACAAACCCGGGAGAAGGCCGAGAUAAGGUAGUCACACAACCAGCACUCGACGAUGUAGACCCGUCAUUCUUUCCUAGUGAGGAAGACAAGAGUGAUGAGCAUCUCCAAUCACACGGCCUAGGAUACAUUCACGCCUCCUCGGGACGGAAGCAAAUUCGCCAUGGUGAGAAGAAAGUUGCUCAUGAAGUUGAUUGGGCACUCUUCAAGGUGUGCGAUGGACGUCUUCACGCAGUAAAUCAAGUCAACGGAGGGGACAGAUACUGCAAAUUCGAUACUAGCGAGCUAGCUAACGGAACUUCUCCCUGCCAACUUCUUGCGGCCGACACCCUUGGCAACCGUGAAGUACACGCCAUCGGCGCAACCAGCGGUCUAGCAAGCGGAACAAUACUGCCAGAGAUGGUAGAACAAAAGAUGCCGGGCCGCGUCUUCUCUUCUACCGUCUGGCGAUUCCGCGGUAAAUUUGGAGUCGGUGGAGAUUCAGGCGCCUGGAUCGUCGACAACGCCAGCGGUGCCCUCUGCGGCCACGUCACAGCCUGGAACGAGCGCGGCGCCUACGGCAUCCUCGCCCCAAUGGAAGUCAUGUUCCACGAUAUGGAGCGCACGCUCGGCAAGCCCGUCGCUCUUCCCAGCCCAGAAUCACGCUCGCAACAAUCCUACACCAUGCAACUCAUCGCUCCUGACGCCAUUCCCCCACCCAUCAGAACCAACACCUCAGCCCGCGUCGCGUCCAAACCCACAAAUCCACCACCACCACCAACGACGGAAAACGAAGAAUCCAACUACGACGACGAAGCAGUAGACCUCCGGCCCGUCCGCACCACCAACAGCGCCGCCUCCUCCCCCGACAUCGUCCGCUCCCGACCUCCCCCCUGCCCCUCUCCCUUCCCCGUACUAGUUCCCUGGACGUAA